AUGGAGGGCAGUCACUCUGUUACAGUCAACGUCCUGGGAACCUUAGGCACGGUGCUCUGGUGCAUACAGCUGGUGCCUCAGAUAUGGCUUAACUGGCGAAGGAAGAAGACAGAAGGCCUACCGGCUGCCAUGAUGUUUCUCUGGGCUCUAUGUGGUGUGCCGUUUGGUAUAUACAUGAUUCUACAGGAAGUGAACAUACCAUUGCAGGUACAGCCUCAGGUUUUCACACUUCUAUGCCUGAUAAGCUGGGCCCAGACACUGUACUAUAACAGCAAAUAUUCCAAGACCAUGGCCGUUGCCAUCGCCACAGUAUCGGGAGCACUGAUGGGCGGGACAGAAGUACUGUUCAUCCUUGCACUGCGGGUCCCGUAUAGACAAGGCACCACAUGGCCCGCGCUGGUAUUCGGUAUCAUUGCCGGUAUCCUGCUGGUCCUUGGCCUGGUCCCCGCGUACCUGGAGCUAUGGAAGCGAGAUGGCCGGGUGAUCGGUAUAAGCUGGAUAUUUUUGAGUAUCGAUAGUCUCGGCGCAUUGUUCUCCCUCUUAGCUCUUGCCGCCGAAGGGACGUUUGACGUACUGGGUGGCGUCCUUUAUAUCACAUUGCUCGUUUUAGAACUCGGCAUAAUGACCAGCCACAUUAUCUGGCGGGCCAGGAACCGAAACCUUCUUGGAGAGGCGAGGAGUAAAGGGCUGAGCGUGGACGAGCUGCUUGACGGUCGACGACCUGCUCGGCCUGCUCGACCUGCUUCAGACGAGGAGGAUGGCCAUAUACCGGCCAAGUCGCAGUCGUAG